UUCCCCACCCCUCCAGAAGAGCAAGCCGAGGGAGCUGAUGACGGACCCAUUAAUCCCUUCUUCGAUGCAUCAAAAGACCCCAAAGGGCUGGACAGCGCCGGGUUCGCCAUCCUCCAGGAGAUGCUUCGCUCUGCUCUUGGUCUUGGAUGAAACUGGUGAUUAGGGGGGUUGUCAGAGCCACCCCCCUCCCCCCCCAGCUGCUGCUCCUGCUGCUGCUGCCUCCUCUUCCCCUGCACCUGGAUGUGCCGUUUGCCGGGGGCUUGCUCCGCGAUCUCCGUCUGUCCGUCCGUCCGUCUCCGCCAGCCAUGCAGCCUCCCCGCCGGGCUCCAGGGUCGCCGCGGCCGCUGUGAUCCAAAGAUUCCGGGGGUGCUGCUGAGAGCCCCGGCGUGAUGUGACUGCGAUGGUGCUGGGAAUUAUCUGAAGGCGGCGAGAGAGGCAGAGCUGAUCCACUUGUGUGUGCGCGCGCCUGUGUGUGGUCUCCAGUGGGGUUUGCUUUUUUUUUUUUCCCCCUCUUUUCUUUUCUUCUACUCCAUCCUCUGCCCACCACUGGAAGUCCUCCCGUCUCUAAAUGGAAUUAGUGGAGAUCGAAGCCCCUUGUGUAAGGAACAGACAUGGUCCAUGGGCGCAGUUUGUUUCACAUUGUAGCAAGUCUAAUCAUCCUACAUUUGUCUGGGGCGACAAAAAAAGGAACAGAAAAGCAGGCCACUUUAGAAGGGCAGAAAACAGUGCAGUGUGGAACUUGGACAAAAUAUGCAGAAGGAGGCAUCUUCACUUCUCCCAAUUAUCCCAACAAAUAUCCUCCUGACAGAGAGUGCAUCUACAUUAUAGAAGCUGCUCCUAGACAAUGUAUUGAGCUAAAUUUUGAUGAAAAAUAUUCCAUAGAGCCUUCUUGGGAGUGCAAGUUUGAUCAUAUUGAAGUAAGAGAUGGACCUUUUGGCUUUUCCCCAAUUAUUGGACGUUUUUGUGGACAGCAAAAUCCACCUAUGAUAAAAUCCAGUGGCAGAUUUCUAUGGAUUAAAUUUUUUGCUGAUGGUGAGCUGGAAUCAAUGGGAUUUUCUGCUCGAUAUAAUUUCACACCUGAUCCUGACUUUAAGGACCUCGGAGUUUUGAAACCAUUGCCAGAUUUCAUUUUUCUGGUAUUUUGUUAUUCAGUUUGUGAGUUUGAGAUGGGAGGACCUGAAGGAAUUGUGGAAUCUGUGCAAAUUGCAAAGGAAGGAAAAGCUUCUGAAACGGAGGCAGUAGACUGUAAAUGGUACAUCCGAGCACCACCGCGAUCCAAGAUAUAUUUACGAUUCCUGGACUAUGAAAUGCAGAAUUCUAAUGAAUGCAAAAGGAAUUUUGUGGCUGUCUAUGAUGGAAGUAGCUCUGUAGAAGAUUUAAAAGCUAAGUUUUGUAGCACUGUUGCUAACGAUGUGAUGCUGCGUACUGGUCUUGGGGUAAUUCGCAUGUGGGCAGAUGAAGGCAGUCGACACAGCCGAUUCCAGAUGCUCUUCACAUCUUUCCAAGAACCUCCCUGUGAAUCCAACGCAUUCUUUUGCCAUAGUAAUAUGUGUAUUAAUAACACAUUGGUGUGCAAUGGACUUCAGAACUGUGUGUAUCCUUGGGAUGAAAACCACUGUAAAGAAAAAAGAAAAGCUAACCUAUUGGAUCAACUUACCAAUACCAGUGGCACUAUAAUUGGGGUGACCUCUUGCAUUGUGAUCAUCCUCAUUAUUAUCUCUGUUAUAGUACAGAUCAAACAGCCUCGUAAAAAAUUUGUCCAAAGGAAAACAGACUUUGAUCAAACAGUAUUCCAGGAGGUGUUUGAGCCUCCUCAUUAUGAGUUAUGCACUCUUAGAGGGACAGGGCCUACAGCUGACCUUGCUGAUGUUGCAGAUGACUUUGAAAAUUAUCAUAAACUGCGGAGAUCAUCUUCAAAAUGCAUUCAUGACCAUCACUGUGGAUCACAGUUGUCUAGCACUAAGGGAAGCCGUAGUAACCUCAGCACAAGAGAUGCUUCUAUCUUGACAGAAAUACAACCCCAGCCUGUAAAGCCUCUCAUCCAGCCCAUGAACAGGAGAAAUAUCCUUGUUAUGAAGCAUAGCUACUCACAAGAUGCUGCAGAUGCGUGUGAGAUAGAUGAAAUUGAAGAGGUACCAACUACAAGUCACAGGCUGUCCAGACAUGAUAAAGCUGUCCAGCGACUGCUUGAGAAUAGUGCGCUCCUGGGUGAUUUUGAACAUGCUACAAUGAAAUGUGAAACUAUCGACCAUGGAAACACCAGCUAGAGGUUUUAUGGACAUUCGACCAGCUAUUCUCAUAUCAUGAUAAAAUUCAGCAAACAGUAUUGAGUAAAUUUAAUAGAUGGCAAUAAGACUAUGGUUAUUAUUAUUAGUCUUUCCCCAUCUUUUCACGUGCUCUCCUUCUCCUUCUUCUCCUUCUCCUUCCCGUUCUCCUUCUCUGUGUCUCUUUUCUCUACCUGCUCUUUUAGUUACAAUAUAAGAUACCCAAUUUUGAAUUUCAGGAAUAAUUUAUUGAAAUCAGGUAUUUAGCCAUUCAUCAUCACUUCAACAGAAAUGGUUUUGGGAUAAGCAUCUAGCAAUAUGACUGAAUUUGACACUGAGAAAAUAAUCUGCAUGUAUGUUACUGAAUAUUUGAGUUGGCAAAAAAUCCCUUUUAUUAGAUACAUUGUAAAAAGCAUGCAUUCACAAUUACUGCUGUUGUUGUUCCAUUUUUUGUGUCAUAUGCUUGCUACUUGUAACUUUUUAUAUAAAGGUACAUAAAACAAUGUAUAAUGAUUUCUUACCUUGAGUUUUAAGGUAAUGUUUCCAUUUCCUUAAUCAAAACCCAAUGGAAAUUGACCAAGUCUGUUUUGUGUACUUAGCAAUGUUUAAUUUUUAGAAACUAAAGAUCAAGGCUAGCAAAUCACAUCUCUAAAAUCAUCCCCUUCUCUCUCUCCCCAACCAGCCAAUCAAUCAGGCAAACCAAGAAAACACAUCUUAUUUAAAUAAUUUUCAGUAGGUUAAAAUGUUUGCACAGCAAAUAAAGAUUUUCACCUGUAGGUUUAAUUAAAUUGAAUUAAAGGAUAAAAACAUGGGGGAAAAGAAAUCAUUGAUUCUGUCCUCCUAACUGAAAUGUAACUUCCACUGCCUUCAAGAGUGUUUCCCAGAAUUUGCACUUUUAAGAAGUAUAAGAUCAGACCUUUGUUGGUUAUAUUAAAUUUAUAGCUCGAGACUAAUUCUGGAGAUAUAUGGCUUACCACUGCAUAUAUAGUAAUACCAGCUGCAAUUCAUGAAUGAAGAUGCAUGUUGAUAUGUAAUUAAUAUUAAAACUGAUCCUUAAUGAUUAAAUUCAGUAAAAAAAAUAAUACAGUAUGUGAAUAAAUUCUAAAUGAUCCAGAAGAGUAUAUAACAAAAUUAAAAUAUAUAUGUAGUUUCUUUGGUACCUCCAUGGCCCAAUGCAAGAUCUGUAGUUUAGUUUACCCCAUUUGACUUUUGCCUGACUAAAGAUCAUAAGAGUUGGUCAUGUGUUGUUUCACACAGAAUUAUUGCAAAAGUUUGACAUAGUUUUCAACCUGGGCAGGUGGUAGGGAGGGAAAGAAGCUAAAAGCAUUUCACCAAGCUCUGAAUAAGAUCUCUUUCUGAAAAGGAACAGACCUAUCUACUUGUGUUACAUUUACUUUUUUAUUCUAAAAAUAACCUGAUAAGAAAAUGUGGCUCAAAUCUCAUACUGCUAAAGAAUGGUACAAAAAAAUCAAAGUUUAAAAUGAAAGUAUAUUUGUCAAAU